AUGUUUUACCCUUCAAGGGUCCCUUGGAAAAAUUCUAAGCAAGAGUUGAGCUGGAAACGAUUGAAUUCCGCCGACAAGGAUGACGCAAUGAGAACCGAAAGCGUUCCCAGAACACGCGUACGCUGUUCGAAACGCGUCAGGAACCUUCGAACCAAAAUGGUUUUUACGACGUGGAUGCUCUGUUUUUCACGCUUUUGAAAGGCUCUUCCAGAAGUUGAGUAAAAAAGAGGAGCCAUCCUGAUAUUUUGUGUUUAUCAAUGAGAAAUGAGGUCAAACCCCUGCUCUUGAUGAUCGGGAUUCCAAUACAAAUAAAGGUCGAAAACUUGGGACAAAGAGUCUUGCUCCAGGCGAUAGAGUUUUUUAUUAAGUAUUCAAAACCAUUUGUUCGCGUUCUUUAUGGAGAUUUUCCGAAGAUCUUAUUAACUUUUUUUUACUUUGGCUGUUUUCCAGUGGAUAAACUAAUUCUCAAAAUAUUAUCUAUCAAUAUAUCUUUUUGUAUACUUUUUGCCAGCCCGAAGGCUGGCUUCACCAAAAAUGGACCACUCUUAGCUGAGACCAGGUCUCACCCAGAAGGCGCCACGCGGAGGCGGCGAUCCGAGCCCUCCGGCUAUGAUCUUGGUUGGAGUAGUAAUAGCGACGUUGCAAUGUCGGCGUCCUGAUAUCAGGAAUCCGCUGUCCCGACUUGCACCGGCUUACGCCUAG